AUGAACCAAAACCGGAUAAUUGUGGUCCGGUUCAGAUCAAAACCGCUGGCCUGCACUACUGUCUCUUCCGUCUACUGUGGUCCGGUUCAGGUCAAAAGCGCAGGCCUUAGUCUAGUGUCUCUUUCAGAACAGAGAGAACUACCGCAACUCGAAAGGAAGGAGGUAAUGUCUCGAAUUCGAAACCCUAGAUUCUUCUUCUCCCUUAUCAAACGGGUAUUACAGGCCCCUCCAGAAACUCAUAUUAAACCCUUCUUCAAUCCGAGAUAUUUCGCCACCGCCAUCGCCGGCGAGAAACACAGCGUUAGAACACGAAUCGAGAAUCAGAGAAAGGCUCAGGCCGCGAUGUUAGAUUACUUCUACAUCACGAGAGGGUUACAGUUUCUAGUCGCAGAGAGUAUGAGCAAGAACGCGCCUCUUUUCAACGAUAAUCUCUUAGAGAAGCUGGAUUGUGACACUCCCGAUGAUGAUGCUGACAUCGCUCUGUCGAUCACUAGGUUUCUACGGUUCCAUCCCAUAAACGAGUUCGAGCCUUUCUUUGAGAGUCUAGGCUUGAAGCCAUCGGAGUACAAUCAUCUGCUUCCUAGUGAUAAGAUGUUUUUGAAUGAAGAUGCUUUUCUGCUUGAGAAUUACAAUACUUUUUGGAUCUAUGGGAUUGGUUUGAAGCAGAUGGGGAAGAUCUUUAAGGAAGCUAGGGGAGUUUUUGGGUAUGAGACCGGGGUUUUAGCUUCAAAGAUUAAGGCUUUUGAGGAUUUGGGGUUGAGUAAGUCGUUUGUAUCGAGGAUUAUUGUGUGUAGCCCGAGGAUACUCGUUGGGGACAUGAACGUUGAAGUGGGUAAGGCUUUAGAGAUUCUAAAAACGGUGGGGAUUGGGGUUGAGUGGGUUAAUGAGAACUUGUCAGAGGAGGAGGAUGAGUCUUAUGAUUGGAGGUCUAUGCACAGGGUGUUAAGCUUGCUUAGAGAUUUAUGUUUCAAUGACAGUGAGUUACUCAAGAAGCACCCAAGACUUGUUUUUGAGGAUUCAGGGGAAUGGACUCUGUUUCUAGGUGGGUUUCUAACCAAGCUUGGGUCAUCUAAGAGUGAACUCUCUUCUUUUUUUCUAAAGUUCCCGGAAAUCGAGGUGAAGAAAUGUGUUUUGAAUCUAAGGCAUUGCUUCUUGUUCCUGAAGAAGAUCAAGAUGGAGUGUGAUGAGAUUGGUAAGAUUUUUCGUUCUCACUCCUCUUGGCUUGGUGCAUGUUCUUUGAAGAAACCCAGAACCUUACUCGAUAGACUGAGCGUUGGGACUAGGCGGCUUUGUCAAGUCAUACAAGAAAACCCAGAGGUGAUGAAAAAAUGGACUAUGGGUUUAAAGGUGCAGCCGCUACCUCCUACAGGGGAAGAGGAAACGUCGAGGUUAAUGAAGACACAGUUCUUGAUCAACCUCGGAUACGACCAGAACUCGGAGGAGAUGGAGCGAGCUGUCAAGAAGUUCCGUGGGAGAGGAUCAGAACUACAACAAAGAUUCGAUUUCCUUGUGAGUUUGGGUCUGAAUGAGAAGGAUGUCCGAAAUAUGGUGAACGCUUUCCCUCAGAUCCUGUGUCAAGCGUCUGAUCUCCUGGAAGCGAAGGUUAACUACAUUGUCAACGAGCUUGGUUAUCCGUUUUCGAUCUUUGUGACAUUCCCUUCGUGUCUAGUGUUUACUCUCCAGCGGAUGAAGCUCAGAUUGGGGAUGAUUCCGUUUAUGGAAGGUAAAGUAAAGGCAAUUAGCAGUUUGCUUGGGUGCUCGGACAAACAUUUUGUGUCUCACUAUGUAAACCGCCACCCUGAUGGGCCUAAACACUGGGAGGAUUUGAAGAAACAGAUUCUCUAUGAGUAGAACAACUAAUUUUCCUUGAUCCUCUGUGUUCAAGAUUAACAAGAUCCACCAUGUGAUCCAGAAUCAGUGUUCAUAUCUGAUGUAAUCUUCGUAGCUUCGAGUUGGGGACCUUGAAGAACUUUUCUUGAGCUGAAUAUUAUUGGAGUAAAUUAGAUUAUCAUGAACCUGAGUAUUAGAGUUGGAGCAGCUAAGCUACUACAAGUCAUGCUAGUACGUGGCUAGGUUUUACUCCAGCCUUGCCGCACUCUCAGUGUUUUUGGAUCUGUGAGGAGGAUCCAUUAUCUUGUGGGGGAUUACCGAUUUACAUGACGGAAGAUGGAGGUACUCAAGUUUCCCUGAGCUAAGGGCUUAAAAUGACAAAAACAAAAGCCAAGAUGAUAACUACUUUUUGUCUCUCGAGUUGGACGAUGUUCUUGAUUUUCUUGGGGUAUUUAGUUUUGGAGAAUAACAUGUUGAACUUAAAACCAUAGUUUGGUUUGGUUCUGUCUAUCAAAUUAUAAUUGUAUCAUUAGUCUUUUCUUUGCUUCACUUCUAAUCAUGGUUGAUAGUUUUGGUAGACUCCGGUUUAGAUGAGUAUACUCAUACUCGAUGAUGUAUAGUCCAUAAGUCA